AUGGCUUUAAAUAAUCGUCCCCAAGGGACGUUACCUGGAGACAUACAAAUCAAUCCAAAAGAGCAGGGCCCGAAACAACUUAUGGCAGUGAGUCUACAAAAUGGUAGAGACCUAGAUCUGGAGCAAGAAAUUGCUCGUGAAAGCCGACCUACUGAAACAUUGGUGCCAGUACCCAUUGAGAUAGAUGAUUCAACAGGGUUAACUGAGGCGAUGGUACAAAAUGCACAAGAGAACACCAGGAAGAAGCGACCUACAACACCAUUUCCACAGAGAUUGGCCAAGUAUCAGAAAGAAGAGCAGUACAAGAAAUUCUUGGAGAUAUUAAAGCAAAUUCAGGUCAACAUUCCAUUGAUUGACGCCUUAAAGGAAAUGCCUGAUUAUGCAAAAAUGAUAAAGGACUUGAUGUCUCAUAAGUUCGACUUUCAAGACUUGGCCACAGUUACACUGACUCAGACAUGUAGUGUUGUUGUGAUGAGACCCAUAGCUGAGAAGCUGUCUGACCCAGGGAGUUCCACAAUCCCAUGCACAAUAGGCAACUAUGCGUUUGCUAAGACACUAUGUGAUUUGGGCGUAAGCAUAAACCUGAUGCCCCUGGCUAUCUUCAAAAGGUUAGGCAUUGGAAUAGCUAGACCCACGUCCAUGUUACUAUAG